AUGGCAACUCCAGCCCGCGACAUCAGCCGGCUGGUGUCUGCGGAGGCCGACCGCGUGUACCUUUGCGCUCGGCAGUGGGACGCGGCGCGCGCUCUGGGCGGCCCCUUCGGCCCUCGGUCAAACGUGGAGCGCCGCGGCAUGAUAUCGCGCCUGACGGCCGAAGGUGGCGCCGAGUUUGCUGCCGGCGCGCCGGCGGCCGCGCUCGACGCCGUCAUCUACUGUACCGGUUACGAGUACCGGCUGCCCUUCCUUGACCUGCAGGCGCUCGGCCUCAGCACGGAGCAGCAGCGCGUUGCGCCGCUCUUCCAGCAUCUGUUUGUGCCAGCCUAUGGCCCUGGCAUAGCUUUCAUCGGCCUGCCGUUUCGCGCAGCUUCCUUCCCGCUGUUUGAGCUCCAGGCAAAGCUCUGCGCACGCCUGCUGUCCGGCCGCGCGUCCCUGCCGCCCCCUGAGGAGAUGGCGGCCUGGGUGGAACGCGAGGAGGCACGUCGAGUGGCCGGGGGCCGGCCGCCGGGGGCGACCCACCGCUUUGACCACCGGCAGAUGGCGCACCACAAAUGGCUGGCCAAGAGCUGCGGCCCAGACGUGCAACGGGUGCCGGACUGGACGGCCGCGGCGCUGCACGCGUACUGGGCGGCAGCUUGGGCGGCGUUCGCGGUGCAGCAGUGGGCGCGGGCGCUGUCGCGGUUGCUGAGCGCGCGCAAGGCUGUGUAG